AUGCUAUCGUUCGCCCCCAACUUUGUGCUCGACCUCUUCGGCCACCUGCUGGACGGCAAGUACCAGUAUUUGAAUACGAUCGAGGAGCACGGUUUGAACAACACGCUCGCUCCGUCGAGGGCGUGCACGAACUUCCACGCUCCCGCAAAAGGACCUCGUCAUGCGGAGGACACGUACAUCAUGCAGCAGCUCUGCGCGCACGAGGUGAGCCCGCCCUGCCUCUACGCCGCUGAUAAACGAACUGACUACACAAAUGAACCGUCGCGCUCGGAACGCGAGGGGGAAAUGAAGCGGAGCGAAGCCACCGCGACCCCGGAUACGUUCACAUUCCUGAAGGACACGAUCCACUUCAUCCUGAACAGCUUAGCCAGCCUCCCCGAAGGCCGCGCGGUCCGCUUGUUUGCGCUGGUUGACGACGCAACGAACGAUUUCGACACGACCCUCUUCGUCCGCGGCCUGCGAUACGACUUGGCGUGCCACGCCAUCGUUUGCGAUGCCUACGUGCUCACACUUUGCACGCAGCUCAUGGAUGCUCUUCUCCCAUGGUUCACCGUAUACUUCGUCAACUCGGAGCUUACGUGCAAUCGCACCUACGCGGGCGAGGAUGCAACUAACCGCGAUAUGUGCCUCAGUUUUGCUCUGACGCUUUCUUGGGUCUUAGGCGAAUAUGACAGGGUGUCCGAUUACCGACCACCGACUACCAACUACCGACUACCGCGGUACUCCCGACUACCGACUAUCGACUGCCGACUACCGACCACCGACCACCGACUACCGAAUACCGAAUACCGACUACCGACCACCGACCUCGGACCUGCCCGAAGUGGACGCCGACGCCAGUCCCGAUCCCGACGCCCCUGCCUAUAUCAGCCCGCCUUUCGCCUCUUCCGCUCCUCACCUGUCUCUCCCUCCUACCACCACACCAUCCCCACACUUCCCACCCGCUUCUCCACCGCAUUCACCAUGUUCAUGUUCACCUCAUCCAAGGCUUCCACCUGCGCCGAGUGCCGGUCGCUCGGUUCGGGAAAGUCCACUUCCAAGUUUGACAAGAGGACGAUCGGCCGCCCGAGUGCAUACGAGUGGCCGGCGUUCCAGCCCCGUCCCCAGCCCCGUCCCCAGCCCCAGCCCAUUGUGUACGGCCCGCCCCCUACGCCAGCGCAGAUUCAGGUGCUGCUGUACCGGGGUCGCGAGUUCAAGGAGCUCGGCACUGAGCUCAUCCCCCUGCGUGACGCGCAGUUGCGGGAGGAGCUCGUGCGCGGGACGCUCGUUUACCAUGCUUGA